GGGUCGGAGGUUGCCAAGGCCGGUGUGUCUCCAUGACAACACUAGUAGAGGAACGUGUCUGUGUACAGCACUACAGAGCGAAAAGAAAAGGAUGGCAGAAACCGGUGAUGGUAAAAAAGAGGAUGCCGACUACAAAAGACUGCAAAGCUUUCCGCUCAUCAGGCACACGGAUAUGCCAGAGGAGAUGCGCGUGGAGACUAUGGAGCUUUGCGUCACAGCCUGCGAGAAAUUUGCCUCCAACAAUGAGAGCGCUGCCAAGAUGAUCAAGGAGUCCAUGGAUAAGAAGUUUGGCAGUUCGUGGCAUGUGGUGAUCGGUGAGGGGUUUGGGUUCGAGGUGAGCCACGAAGUCAGGAACCUGCUCUACAUGUUCUUUGGGGGAAGUCUGGCCGUGUGCGUUUGGAAAUGCUCCUGAUGUCGCUUCCUGCCCACACAAUUGCCACUGUGAGAUAUUUAUACUCACGGAUCUGUCCUAACUAUGCAGCCCUAUUUGACUUGAGACGUGUGUGUAUGUAUGUGUGUGUGUGUGCAAAUGUGCGAAAUUGGAGGGGGAAAAAGAAUACAGAUUCUUGUGCACUUCUCCAGAUCACUCUUUUUCUCUCUUACGUUUUAAUGUAUAGGCUUCAAAUUUUAAGCCAUAAACAGAUUUUAAGAAAUUUGAUUAACUUUUUUAAACAUUUUUAUUGAACCUACAGAGUUUAUUGCAACUGACUGCAGGACCUAAUUAUGAAAAUGUUUUAGUCUUGUCCUCUUCCUGUGCUGUUUACUUUGUUAAAACAUAUUAGUCUUAUUGUGUGCAAUUCAUUAUAGCACAUUAUUCCAAAGAAAACUUUUGCCUUUGUAAUCUUUCAUCAAACAUAUUAACUUGUCCCUACUCUUAAGUGAUUGAAUAAUUUUUAAUCCAUCUUAUUUUCAAAUCCCUUCCCAUCAAGCAUCCAUCAGCAUUCUUUAUAAAUAAACAAUGAGUGAAUGAAUUCUGGUAUGCAGCAUCCACUUUACUGGCCAAUCAGUUACAAGUGGAUAAAAAUAGAGUCCUACCUUUUUUUUUUUUUUUUUUUUUUUUUUUUUUUAAUUGAAUGUUAUUUUU